GAGAUUUGAGAACCAAAUCAGCUGUUUCGUGUUGUGUUGUGUGAAGGUGCGUUUGAAGUCGUUAUUUAAAAAUUUCAUUACUUUUAGUAUAAUUAAGUGCAAAAGAGUGGGUUUUAGUUAAACUGGUUUCUGAAUGUAAUGUGACCUCGCAUUGGACAACUUCUAAGCGAAAGUUUACACGUUCAAAUCGAUGGCCUCCCACAAUACGGACGACGAAGAGGAGCCGGAUUGUAAAAAUUCGCCGUUGAGUUACAAGGAGCGUCGUCGCGAGGCACACACUCAAGCCGAACAAAAACGUAGAGAUGCCAUUAAGAAAGGCUACGAUACUUUACAAGAAUUGGUGCCAACAUGUCAACAAACCGACGUCUCCGGUUACAAACUGAGCAAGGCGACCGUACUACAGAAAUCGAUCGACUACAUCCAGUACUUGCAGCAGCAGAAAAAGAAGCAGGAGGACGAACGGAACGCGUUACGAAAGGAAGUCGUCGCCUUACGCAUCAUGCAAACGAACUACGAACAAAUCGUCAAAGCGCAGCAGUCGCAGCCUAGCCAUACCGAGACUCGCGUAUCGGACGAAGUUAAAUUUUCCGUCUUUCAACUGAUAAUGGAGCAGCUGUUUAUGACGUUUCGUACGGUCUCCGUAAAUAACUUUUCGGAACUUUCCGCCGGCGUAUUCAGCUGGCUCGAGGAGUACUGCAAACCUCAGACUCUCAAAGAUACCGUCCUACGCAUACUGCAGCGACAUAACAUUAUGAUGCGCGAUCAAUCCUCAAAUUAAGUGAUAUUCUUAUUUUUUUUAUUAAUAUUGGAAUUAUAUGCUAGUUUUUUAUGUAGAGUUUAAUAAACUGUUGAACAGACA